CAUUUUGUUCUUCCCCUCGAGCCAAGGGUAUCGGGAGCGGGACUCUGGUGCGGAGAGAUGCUGUGGCCCGUCGCGAGGAGCGCCUGGGGCCUCUCCGCCCGUAGCAUUCAACGUACAGUGUCAAGACAAGCUCACCAUAAAUAUGAACCUGAUUUUCAUGACAAAUAUGGCAACAUCAUUCUGCUUGGUGGAGCUGUGCUUUGUGCUUCUGUUUGGACUUAUGCCAUAACACAAAUUGGGAUUGUGUGGAAUUUGUCUCCUGUUGGACGAGUGACCCCAAAGGACUGGAGAGAGAAAUAGAAAUGUCUUCAUAUAUCUGUCUUUGAAAUAUUGGGAGCAACCAUGAACUGGUCUGAAUUUUCAUUGGAACACACUUCUGCCAGGCCUGUAAUAGCACAGUUCAUUGUAUUGCCACCUGAGAUGUAAUAAAUAUAUUUAAAACAA